AUGACGACUAAUUCUAUAAAAGAUAAUGCGAAAAACGAACAAACGGAAAUAGUCACCAUUUCCACCACCUCUUCCCUCACCACAACUAAUUAUAAUGAUAACAAUAUCACCAAAGAAUCACCGAAUUCUCCUUUUAAAAAACUCGAAGAAGAAUCGGAUUCUGAGCCACCAAAGAAAAAGCGAGGUAGAAAGAAGAAAGUGGAGGAUGAAGAAGAGUCCGACUUUGAACCCCCAAAGAAAAAGCGAGGUAGAAAGAAAAAAGUAGAGAGUGAAGAAGAAUCGAAUUCCGAGCCACCGAAGAAAAAACGAGGUAGAAAGAAGAAAUUAGAGAGUGAAGAAGAGUCGCAUUCCGAGCCACCGAAGAAAAAACGAGGUAGAAAGAAGAAAUUAGAGAGUGAUAGAACGACAAAAGAAGGAUCAGUUGCGAAAUGGGUUAAUGGAAUAUUCAAAGAUUUGAGGAUUUUUAUUAUACCACAAAAUAUUGAUAGAGUGAGAUUGGAAUUUUUAAAAUCGAGGAUUAAGGAAAGGGGCGGAUCGGUAUUAGAAGCAUUUGUUAUUCUUGAUGUGACGCAUGUCAUUACAGAAUUAAAAGGAAAAAAAGUGAUUCAAGCUUUAAAUCUAAAUAAAGUGGAAGAAUUAUUGGAGCAUGGAAUAAAAGUCAUCAAUGCGAAUUGGGUCUCGGAUUCAAUCAUGUAUAAUAAACUUUUAGAGAUCGAUAAUUAUGUUGUCCAUUUAAAUGUCACAAGAUCACGCGACGCUACUAUCGACACAAUCCAAGUCACGUCGAAUUCUAAAAGAAAACUCGAUGAGAAAGACGAGACAACUAUUACUACCAACACCGAUGAAAUACCCGCAAAUUAUAAUAGCGGUUCGGAUUUCGGAAAUACUUCCCAAGAUCCCCUAAAAGAAAUCAUUGCAGAAGCAAGGCAUCUUACUGAAGAGGGCAUCUAUUCGGAUGAAGAAGACGACGAUUAUGAUCAAGAGGAAUCAAACACAUCUACUAGACAUCAUAAAUCCAUAAAUGCAACGGAAUCCACUGGGGAUGAAUCAACGACAUCGCAUUAUAUUGCUAACACCACAUCUGAUAGUGAUAACGAUCAAAGAAAUAAACCAGUUUCGCCAAUAAAUAAAACAGGAGAAGGAGAAAUUUUCCGUUUGAAAACAACGAAUAAAUCUUAUGGAUAUCGACCUCAAAAUUCUUUCUUCCAUUAUCGUCAUGGAGCAAUUAAUGAAAAUCCGAAUAAAUUAAUUAUUGACAAGCUUAAUUUGAUAUUGGAAUAUUAUCAAAAAACAAAUAAUGAUCAAUGGAGAAUUUUGGCCUAUCGCAAAGCUAUAUCUGCUUUGAAGAAUCAAAAAAAACCAAUAACUUCUUAUGAGGAAGCUAAAGAAAUCCCUAAUAUCGGAGAUCGUACAGCAAAGAAGAUUGCGGAAAUUAUUGAAACAGGUCAUCUCAAAAGGUUAGAUAAUUUUGGAGAAGCUGAACCUGUCUUGACGAUGUUUACAAAAAUUCACGGCGUCGGAGUUACUCAAGCACUUAAGUGGUACGCUCAAGGAUAUAGAACACGCGAAGAAUUGUUAAAGCAUGUUAAAUUGACUAAUGCACAGAGAGCAGGAAUUCUUUGUUUUGAAGAUUUGCAAGAACGUAUGAACAGAUACGAAGUGGCGAAAAUUUUCAAGUUUGUAGAAGAUGCAGCACAUAGCAUUGACUCUAAAUUAGAGUGUAUUGUAGGUGGUUCUUAUAGACGUGGACAACCAACCUGUGGAGAUGUAGAUAUUCUAAUAACAAGAGAUGAUUCUGAUGGCAAAAAAAUCGACGGGAUAUUGUCGCAAUUGUUAAAAAUUCUACACGAAAAAUCCUUUAUAAAAUACGAUUUGGGGCGCAGCAGUUCUGGUCAAAAAUAUUUAGGAAUUUGUCAAAUGCCGCCAAAUGGAAAAUGUCGUCGUUUUGAUAUUUUCAUUGUCCCUUUUAACGAAUAUGGAGCUGCUUUGUUAGCGUAUACCGGAAACGAUAUUUUUAAUCGCAGCAUGCGAUUAUUGGCUCGUAAAAAGGGAAUGCACUUAAACCAACACGGUCUAUACACCAAUGUUAUUCGUGAUGCGAAAGACGAAAAGUAUAAUGAGGGCAUCCUUGUUGCUCAAAGAACUGAACAAGAAAUAUUUGAGGCAUUGGGUGUUCCAUAUCGGUAA